UAGCGCACAAUGCGCGCGUUCUACGGGAUCCCGCAGCGCGUGCUUGUCCAGCCUGGCGUCGGGCAGAUUUGAUGCGCGAAUUUGCAGGCCGGACACAAAGGCAAAGCACAUUGCGGGGGAAACCUGUAGUCAGAAAUGCGGUUCAGGUGCAACUUCUUGGAGUCCUGUUGAUCCCUUCUUGAGGAUUUAUUUGUGUGAUGCUGUCCGCUCCAACCAGACAUCUUUACUGAAGCAGUUAACACAAUCGGAGUAAGAAGUGUAAAAAAAAAAAAAAAAGGAUGUGGGGAAAAUAAAUGUAAAUGUGUCUUUAAAUAAAUGUGUGCACACUGUAUCACUCAGCGAUGUAGUUGAAGACUGACUGGUUGGAAAUAAUCUGCAUGGCUGCGUUUAUUGCGAGAGGGAAACGAAGCAGCCGAACGUAACUGAAGCUGGGCCGGGACUGCUGACAGGGUGUAAAUAAAGCUUCAGACUUCCGGCCUGCGGGAGCGCCCCAGUGGAAUGUGCACCUCCAUGGAGGUGGUCUCCACCCUUCUGCACGGGGGAGCCCUCUGUUCCUGCACAGGCUGCAGAGACUGAGACCGUAGAGGUCCAGGAAGGGUAGGGCCGUCUGGCCGAAAAACAAACACUUGUUUGCGCGCGCAAGACCCUUCUCCUCGCAAUUCCUCGCCCGGUGGUCCGCCAAGAUGGGCUGGUUCCCCUCCCCCUUUGACAACCUGCUGUGCAUGCUCUUGGGCAUCUCCUUCACCGUCUGGUGCACCCUGCUGCUCGUCUUCAUCAUCGUUCCCGCCAUCUUCGGCGUCUCCUUCGGCAUCCGCCGCCUCUACAUGAAGUCCCUGCUCAAGCUCUUUGAGUGGGCCACGCUGAGAAUAGAGAGAGGAGCCAAGGAGAAGAACCACCUGCUCUACAAACCCCUAUACUAAUGGUAUGAAGCGGCACUGUGUGCAUCAUCGCCAAGGAGGCCCACCUCCCUGGAGGAGGAGAUCAAAGAGAUCCGCCGCAGCGGCAGCAACCGGGACCUGGGAGCCGCGGCGGCCUUCGAGAUGACCGACCUCUUCUACUUCUGCCGCCGCGGCGUGGAGAGCAUCAUGGACGACGAGGUGACCAAGCGCUUCUCAGCCGAGGAGCUGGAGUCCUGGAACCUGCUCACACGCAGCAACUACAACUUCCAGCACAUCAGCCUGAGGCUGACCGUGCUGUGGGGCCUGGGCGUGCUCAUCCGCUACGGCUUCCUGCUGCCCCUCAGGGUAACAUUGGCCUUCACUGGAGUGGGGCUCCUCGUAGUUCUCACCACCAUCAUUGGUUUUCUGCCCAAUGGAAGGAUGAAGAACGUCCUCAGUGAAAAGGUGCAUCUGAUGUGCUACCGGAUCUGCGUUCGAGCCCUGACUGCCAUUAUCACCUACCACGACAGUGAGAACAAGCCCAAGAACGGCGGGAUCUGCGUGGCCAAUCACACCUCGCCCAUCGACGUCAUCAUCCUGGCCAGCGACGGCUGCUAUGCAAUGGUGGGUCAGAUUCACGGGGGCCUGAUGGGGGUCAUUCAGAGGUCCAUGGUGAAGGCCUGCCCUCACAUCUGGUUUGAGCGCUCCGAAGUGAAAGACCGACACCUGGUGGCAAAACGGCUGAGCGAUCAUGUCGAGGACACGACUAAACUACCCAUUCUGAUUUUCCCUGAAGGCACCUGCAUCAACAACACCUCAGUGAUGAUGUUCAAGAAGGGCAGCUUUGAGAUCGGCUCCACCGUCUACCCUGUCGCCAUCAAGUACGACCCGCGCUUCGGAGACGCCUUCUGGAACAGCAGCAAGUUCGGCAUGGUCAACUACCUGCUGAGGAUGAUGAGCAGCUGGGCCAUCGUGUGCAGCGUCUGGUACCUGCCCCCCAUGAGCCGAGAGGAAGGAGAGGAUGCUGUGCAGUUUGCUAACCGAGUCAAGGCAGCCAUCGCCAGGCAAGGAGGGCUAGUGGACCUGCUGUGGGACGGUGGGCUGAAGAGAGGGAAGGUAAAGGACACGUUCAAAGAGGAGCAGCAGAAGCUCUACAGCAAGAUGCUGGUGGGAACCACAGAAGACCGCAGCCGGUCAUGAGAGGACGGGAACCACGCUGACCGUGCGUGCGGGGGGAGACAGAACCCUGAAAUCUCUGGAUGAGAACACCCCCACAUCCAGAACACAAAACCGGCUUCCCUGGCCACUGCCACAGACUCGUUUACUCCACUAAGGAGGAGAGGGCAUUUUUCCUUUAAACGAUGUUGUUGAUGUUUGUUGUUGUUACAGGGCCGCUCUGGGCAGGAGAAUUGUUCCUCUCCAUUCCCCCUUUCUUUUCCUGAAUCAUUCAUCGACAACGGACGGUUAUUUCUGCCAAGAGUGUUCCAAACAUGCAAGCAGGAGAGGGCUCUUUCCUUCCUGUCUGGAAAAAAAAAAAAAAAAAAAAAAAAGGUCAAAUAUUUCAUUGGGAGUAACUGUAACGUAUUUAUCUCCAUUGAUUUUGUUUUUGCUCCUAACCUUUCACUUUCCAUGUUUAUUAUUAUUAUUAUUAUUAUUAUUCUCAUUAUUAAUAUUAUUAGUCAUCAUUGUUAUUGUGCAGAUUGUGUGGGCUGAAAAGGGGGUGGGGAGCAGCAGUGGGAAGUAAAGACUCCCUUGUGGAAAGUGUUGCCCAUGCCUGCAUUUGUAAAUGUCUGCACGAGGAAAGCAGAUGGCAAGUAGUCACAGCUGCAUAUUGUACCCUAUUAAGUUAAUUUCCAUACUUUCUCGUUUAGUUUUUUGGAACAGAAAAAAAACUCAUUUAAGCAUUGUAACGCACAUGUAUAAAAUACAGGACUUACUCAAACUAAACAAAAAAAAAACUAAAGUGGGUUGUUUUGUUUUCCAUGUGGCCGCACUUGCCCCUGUUCACACAGGUCUCUAAUCCCUCACUCAUGCAGACUCCAGAUUGUAAGUCCUUUCAGAGCGGACCAGAGUGAAGGUGUACAGUGUAUCCGUUUGGCCAGUGAGAACUCUGUUGUGGUCUCCGAAAUGACUGUGAAUAAAUCGGCGUCAGUGACUGCAAAGCUCGA